CAGGGCGUAUCCCUUCUUGGUUGGGUUGAAGAAAUAACAACAAAUUGCUGCUCGAACCGUGGGAUAGAAAAUAGCAACCAAAACAAAUAAUCUCGCGAAAUAUAACAACCCGUGUUCAACGUUAGUUCGCACUUAUUAAAAUUGUGACUUUUGUCGUCGAUAUGUCGCGCGGUGCUGCUGACAUCUUUAGCUAACACCUAGCAGCAGUGACGAGCUGCUCAAUGGCGUUGUCGAAGUUCAUUUAUUCCCGAGUUGAUCUAACUUUUGCCCAAAUUGGUUGUGAACGUUUGGGUCUGUCAGUGUCACGAGAAAAGAGCUGCUGAGGUUUCAGGUUAUGUUCAUUGUGUUCAUCGGCUUAUAAAGAAAAGAAAACAUGGCAUCCACUGAAGGUGCUAUUGAAGACGAGGCAUCCGCAUCCACCCAGGGCAACGACGCGCCAAAUCCCCCAAAAGCCUCACUGAAAAGGAAAACCAAUAAGACCCAAAACCAAAAGGCAAAAAAGAAAAAAACAGCCGUGAAGAGAACAGCUCAGCCCAGAUUCACCGUCCACGAGUGUGAGGACAUGCUCCUUGUCAUAUCCAGCAGCACCUCGCAGGUCGACGGCCCGGUCUGGGCCCACAAAAAGAAGAAGAAGGGAGGAAAGAAAAAGAAUGCCAAUAUCAAAGGAAAGGGGGAGAAACGGAGAACAGUGAAGAAGAAAAAAACAAAACCUAUUAUCAUUCAUACCCCGACUGUUGAGAAACAAGAGGAGGUGACGCCUCCCGUGUUUGAGGCGGAGAAGCCAAACGACCACAGAUGGGGCCAAAGUCUUCCGGAGGAGGUUCUGGUCAAUAUUUUUAAGAUGGUGGUCAUGCAAGAUGGCGCUGUCCCAUUUCUGUGCAGGGUGGGAAGGGUGUGCCGCCUGUGGAACUCUGCCGCCGCCACUCCUGUCCUGUGGCGGAAAGUCUCCGUCGGUCACUGCUGGAUCGCGCCGGGCAAAACUCAGCUGCCAAAAACGCAGAGUCGGAUUAAAGACACAUUAGACUGGAUGGCGCGGAACAGAUUCUCUCAGCUUCGGGAUUUCUCCCUCCACCACUGGACCAAGAAUGUGGACCACGUUGUCAAUGUUGUGUCGCAGUUCUGCCCUCGCUUGAGUGCCACACUCUCCUACUGUACUGGUCUUACGGAGUUGGCCUUCCAGAGCCUGGGCCUGCACAGCUGCUCGCUGCAAAGCUUAAAUCUACAGUACACGGAGUUUCAAGUGGAAGGACUUCUCACGUACCUCGAAAGUCACGGCGCUCAGAUCCAACAGAUUUGGUUCACCCACGGCUUGAAGUAUGACCGACUCCUCGCCGCCAUUUCUAGGGGAUGCUGUCCUGAUCUGGAGUUGCUGGAGGUCAACACAAAGCUGGACAGUAAAGACGGCGAACUGCCCCUUUGCGUCCAAGCUCUCCAGAUGGCUUGCCCUAAACUUAAGACGUUCCGUAUGCUGAAUGUCCGGCCACUGCAGAAGAACAUGCGGAAUGGUGCCGAAUUAGCUCUUGGUUUCCCUCUACUGGAGGAGCUGUGUAUCGCCACCACAUCAUACUCCUACAUGACCGACAAAUACUUGUGGGAUGUACUUUUUGGCUCCCCGCGGCUGCGAGUUCUGGAUCUGAGAGGUUGCUCGCGCAUCACGUCUGAGGGUCUGGCGGCACUACCCUGUCAUGAGCUGGAGUGUCUCUUCUGGGGUCAAUAUUUCAGCAGCCACUUGGGCACGUCGUCCUUGAGGAAGGGCCUUCACGCCGUGACACAGAAAUGGGGUCACACACUGCGGCAGCUGGAUGUGGCCAAUCAGCCAUUCUCCGAGGAGGACCUGGAGGUGGCCAUGCGCCACCUGGCGCAGGCCAACGAUGCAGACACCCUUCGGUCGCUCAACCUGAGCGGGACCAGAAUCACGCCGGCUGCCCUGAGGUCUGUCAUCGGCCAAACAACAGCGUUAGACUACCUCAACCUGUCCUCCUGUCGGUAUCUUCCCAGGGGGCUGAAGAGGAUUUACCGUGGACAGGAGGACAUUCGCCAGUUACUGGACAAAUUGGAGUAGAGAAAAAAUAAUGAGACACGAUGACCUGAACAAGAUGCAUCCAAGUUUUUUGUAAGACCACAAGUGAAGCCUGGAUUCACCCGCUGCAUUCUACUCUUCAAAUAGACUCUUGUUAUUGAAUUGAUUAUUGGAAAUAAACGUUUACAGUUUU